AAAGAAGGCAGGCUUGUUCACUUUCUGGGCACGACCCCGCAGCACAGUCACUUCCUCGGAUUGGACCAACAACACAGGCAGACGCACGGGGAGCCAGAGUUUAGCUGCGCGGGCGAGUGGCGCACUGUCCACGGAGGAGGAGGAGGUUAAAGACCCCAGGAGACGCGCGGCGGCUGUCCCUCAAUGUGAUUUACGCACGCUCCGAGACACUCCUAUGCCCAAAGGGACUAUUGUCUGGAUUUCGUAAUCGAUAUUAAAAGGUUCUUGUUGAAGAUGUCUCCCCACUGCCCCCUUCUCCUGCUCCUUUCCAUCUCUCUCCUACCCCAUCUGUUGCCCGCACUCCCUUUUGAGCAGAGAGCAUUCUGGGACUUUGCACUGGACAGUUUUGACAGCAGCGACAUCACGAUGAUGAUGAGAGACGAAGAGGAAGGCUCUGCGACAGACGAGCUCCCCUUUCCCGGUCCCUCCAUGUGUCCUUUCGGUUGCCACUGUCGCCUGAGGGUGGUCCAGUGCUCAGACCUGGGGCUGACUGAAGUUCCCAAGAAUAUUCCCCCAGACACCAAGUUCCUGGAUCUGCAGAACAACCGAAUCAGAGAGCUUAAAGAGGACGACUUCAAAGGCCUCACACAUUUAUAUGGUUUGUCCCUCAGGAAUAAUCAGAUUUCCAAAGUGCACCCGAGGACAUUUGUGCCAUUGAAACACAUGCAAAAGCUGUACUUCUCCAAGAAUCAGCUCACCACCAUCCCCAACAACUUGCCCAAAUCUCUGGUCGAGCUCAGAAUCCAUGAGAACCGCAUCAAGAGAGUGGCAGCUGGAGCCUUCUCAGGACUCACCAAUAUGAACUGCAUAGAGAUGGGAGCCAAUCCAAUUCACAACAGUGGAUUUGAGCCGGGAGCCUUCAAGGGACUAAAACUCAACUAUCUGCGUAUAUCAGAGGCCAAAUUGACAGGAGUACCAAAAGAUCUUCCAGACAGUCUCAAUGAACUUCACUUGGACCAUAACCAGAUUCAGGCCGUGGAGCUGGAGGAUCUCAAACGCUACAAAAACCUCUACAGGCUAGGACUGGGCUAUAACCACAUCAGGAACAUAGAGAACGGCAGUCUGUCUUAUCUGACUAUGCUUCGAGAACUGCACCUGGACAACAACCGCCUGAGCAGAGUGCCCAGAGGUCUCCCAGACAUGAAAUACUUACAGGUGGUGUAUCUUCACUCUAAUCACAUCGCCCAGGUGGGAAUAGAUGACUUCUGUCCCAGAGGAUUCGGGAUGAAGAGGACUUUCUAUAAUGGAAUCAGUUUGUUUGGAAAUCCAGUCAAUUAUUGGGAGGUUCAACCUGCUGCUUUCCGUUGCGUCAGUGACCGACUUGCUAUUCAGUUUGGCAACUACAAAAAGUGAAGAGUAGGAAGGAUGAGGAAAUAUUUUUAUCAUUAGACCUAGUUUUUAUUUUGUUUAUUGAGUGAAUAAACAAGAACUUGAAAUGAAUGGAAACAGAGCUUACAAUACUUCAGAAUUCUCAUAUUAUGUUUUAGUAACUGCCUAUCUUUGAAUGUUUUAUUGCUAUAAAAAGUCACACUUUUCAUUUGGUCAUUUUAUCAUAUUUUGCUUUUCUAGAUAUUGUACAAGUAUAACUGAUUAUGUUGCAUAUUUCUUAAGGUGCUCUGUAGAUUUUUGUGCUGAUAUGUAACAUAUUAUUUACAUAUUUGUUUUCAGCCCUGUACUGUGAGGUCAUAGUUUUUUGUGACAUAUACAAGUAAUACCACAAAGUGUUUGAGAUCACAGGCAAAAAGCACACCUAAAUGUUUUUGUUUGGUCUUUGUGGGUUGGUGGGUGGUGUUAGGUAUGUAACAUAUAGACUUUUAGACUUAAGAUGUCUAAAUACUGUAUGGUUCCUUUGACCAUCAAUGCUUCACAAUUACUUCACAUUGAAAGCAUUUCACUUUCCUAUUUAACAAGUAAUAGUGUUUCUGCAUUGUUUUGCACAGUCCUGCCCCUAUGCUUCACCUGCUUUGGUGUUAGGACACCAUGAGUCCUUUGAGUCAGCUCUUAAAAAGCUACUGCUGCAGCAUGUGAAUAAAUGCUUUUUAAGCAAUGUUAGCUGCUUUGCCACAGCAUGGAUGUUGAUGUACUGAUUUGGAUGUGGGAAAUAAAAGAUUUA